AUGCCGAGAUUGGAACAAUGGGAGAUCAAGAAGUACUGGGAAAUCUUCAGGGGGUUGAAGCCUGAGAAGAACAAGCUCAAUGGAGAGAAGUUGGCACCAGUGUUCAAGAACUCGCAUCUGGCACAGGAGCAAUUGACCAAAAUAUGGGACCUGGCCGACAUUGACGUCGACGGACAACUUGACUUUGAGGAGUUCUGCAUUGCCAUGAGGUUGAUCUUCGACCUGGUCAACGGCAACACGAGCAACGUUCCACAUAAGUUACCUGAGUGGCUCAUUCCCGGGUCGAAACGUCACUUGGUGGAGGCGGACCAGGCUGUUGUGUCCAAGACGAACAGCAUGGGCAGCGAGAGUGACACUGACGAUGAGUACACUCUUAGCUCAGACUUCGACUGGUACAUUUCCCCCACCGACAAGAACUCCUACGAGGAUGUUUACAACGCAUCCUGCGACAACUACGGGAGGAUCACCUACGACUCAUUGAACGGCCUAUACAAGACGCUCACGAAGGUGCCGCCAACAGACAUCACUUACGCAUGGAACAUAGUCAACCCAAAGCAGUCGGAGACCAUAGACAAGGACCAAUGUCUGGUGUUUCUACACAUCUUGAACCAGAGAUCUAACGGGAAAAGAGUGCCAAGGUCCGUGCCACCUUCCCUGAGAGCUACAUUUUCAAAGGAGAUUCCAGAGUACGACAUUUCUUCGCAUCAGGGCGACCUGAACAUUCCUCCGGCUGCUCCAUCGGAGACAGUCCAGAAGAACAAGCAGUCUUUUGCUUCAGACUAUCUCAGCAAGCUGGGUACAUCGAGUAGCUCGAUCGUGUCGAACGGAACCGAUUUCUCUGAAAUCAAGGGCACUGACUGGGAGGAGGUGAAGCUUCGGAGAGAAUUGGAGGAUCUCGAAAAGUUGCUAAAGAAGGCGGAGGCCGAGAAGAACAACAAGGGUAAGGACAGCAAAGUGAGUCUGCGCAAAUACGAGUUUGAGCAGCUUCUCAAAUACAAGGAGGAACAGGUUAAGCAGGUGAAGAGCAGUGCCGGCGGUGCAAGCGACUUGAACUCUGUGAUCAGCAACAUUGAAUCGAUAGAGGUGCAGGUGAGCCAACUCGAGUCCUUCCUCCAGUCGAAAAAGGAUGAGUUCAGCGAGCUAAACAGGCAGAUAGAAUCUUUGAGAUAG